AUGGCUCCUGUACAGGUUGUCAUCACUCGUCUCCGCUAUCCGUACAGCGGCGAUAAGGUGCGCGGCGCCGAGGGCGAGGCGGGCGACGCCGAGGACCCGGCCCUGCAGCCCGCGGCCAAGAAGGUGAAGCUGGAGCUGAAGGAGCGGAAGGAGAAGAAGCACAAGGUGGACGAGGACGAGAUCCAGAAGAUGCAGAUACUGGUGUCGUCCUUCUCCGAAGAGCAGCUGAAUCGCUACGAGAUGUACCGCCGCUCCGCCUUCCCCAAGGCCGCCAUCAAGCGGCUGAUCCAGUCGAUCACUGGCACCUCGGUGUCUCAGAACGUGGUUAUCGCCAUGUCCGGCAUCUCCAAGGUCUUCGUUGGAGAGGUGGUGGAGGAAGCCCUGGACGUGUGUGAGAAGUGGGGAGAGCUGCCACCUCUGCAGCCCAAGCACAUGCGCGAGGCCGUGCGGAGGCUCAAGUCACGGGGACAGAUYCCCAACUCCAAAUACAAGAAAAUCAUCUUCCACUGAAGCGUCUCGAAGGCAGAAGAUAAAACGAGUGCCCGGCUGGGCACUGUAACCUCGAGAGCUGCAGCAGAGCUGUGAGCUUCAGGCCCCGCCAGCCUCUCCUGUUCCUACCUAGACUGUUCUCCAAGGACCUACAGGACAACAAACCUUGAUGCUGAAGCUGCCUCAGUUCAGCUCUGUUCUACGGACGGGACUUGUUUUUGGGUUCCAAAACGUGGCCAUCGCUACUCUUGGCUGCUAGGUCGGAGUGCUGGGGCUGAAGGCCAGUGUGGCUCUGCAGCGGGGCUGCAGUUGCGGCACGGAGGCCGUGAACAUUCUGCAGAGACUCUCAUUUCAGCAAUCCUGGCGGAGCUUCCCCAUGCCACACGGGAGCAGGAGCCGCCAGGCCUGGGCCUCAGGUCCAGCUCCUGCUCCCCAGGGGAGGGACAGAAUG